AUGUCGACGCCCGCGCUUGCGACGGCUGCCGAGGGAGCGACGCGCAUCAUCCUGGUGCACGGCACGGGCCACGGCGGGUGGUGCUGGUACCGGGUCGCCACGCUGCUCCGCGCCGCGGGACACCGCGUGGACGCGCCGGACCUCGCGGCGUCGUGCCCACGUCGUUACAUGCGGCCGCUGCUCGACGCGCUCCGGGCGCUCCUGCCGGGAAGGACAUCCAGGUGGGCCACAGCUUCGGCGGCGUGAACAUCGCGCUCGCCGCCGAGAUGUUCCCAGAGAAGGUGGCGCGCGGCCGCCGUGUUUGUCACGGCGUUCCUGCCGUAGUGUACUAAUCCACGCUGACACGUCUUC